UUGCACUUUUAGUGAUCGCGCUGUAACAAAAAAGAUGAAAUUUUGUAAUAAAAAGAUCAUACAAACUAUAAUUAAACUAUAAAAGUGAUUGGCAGCUGACGGCUGUCAGGCACAGCAGCGUGCUUUAAAUUUUAUGUGCCUUAUAAAGUGCCAAAUUAGCGAUGAGUAUUUAAUAAAUUAAUUUACAACAAAACACGUCCGUUUUUGGUACAAUGUUUAGCAACAAUUUGGACAACAUCACAAAACAAUAACAAAGUGCACUCGAAGACAUAACAAACCAGCGUAGGCAUAUAGACACACUAAUGUCUGCAUAAUAUAAUGAUGAGUCCAUUUCGGUCGAAGAAAAAUCGCUCGCUACCAGUGAAGGUGGUAACCUUCGAUUCAGAAUUAGAAUUCAAUUUGGGCCAUCGGGAGACGGGACAAGAACUUUUUGAUUUGGUUUGUCGCACGAUAGGCUUGCGUGAAUCAUGGUACUUUGGUUUGCAGUAUGUGGAUGCGCGCGGACAUGUAGCCUGGCUGAAGAUGGACAAGAAAGUCAAAGAUCAACGCAUACAACUGCAAGCUAAUGACUUUUACGUGUUCAAUUUCUAUGCAAAAUAUUUUCCGGAGAAUGUUAGUGAGGAGCUAAUACAGGAAAUCACACAGCAUUUGUUUUUCCUACAAGUUAAACAGAGUAUACUGUCCAUGGAUAUAUAUUGUCGGCCGGAAGCGUCAGUGUUGUUAGCAUCAUAUGCGGUGCAUGUGCAGUACGGUCCUUACGACUAUGAAACCUACAAGGAUGGCAUGCUAGCGAGCGCAGACUUGUUGCCAAAAAAAGUUACCGACCAGUAUCAAAUGACACCGGAAAUGUGGGAAGCACGCAUUAAGACAUGGUAUAUGGAUCAUGAACCGAUGACGCGUGACGAAGUUGAAAUGGAAUACUUGAAGAUCGCACAAGAUUUAGAUAUGUAUGGUGUAAACUAUUUUCCUAUUACUAAUAAAAAUAAAACCAAAUUAUGGCUUGGCGUUACCGCCAUCGGACUUAAUAUUUAUGAAGAAAAUAAUAAGCUUUCUCCACGCACCACGUUUCAAUGGAACGAAAUAAGACAUGUGAGCUUCGAUGAUAAGAAAUUUACCAUACGUCUGGUGGACACAAAAGUUUCUAAUUUUAUUUUCUACUCACAAGAUUUGCAUAUUAAUAAAAUGAUUUUAGAUUUGUGUAAAGGCAAUCAUGAUCUGUAUAUGCGACGUCGUAAGCCGGACACGAUGGAAAUACAACAAAUGAAAGCGCAAGCAAAGGAGGAGAAGCAGCGCCGCCAGCAAGAACGCGCUAAGUUUUUGCGCGAGAAAAAGUUGCGCGAAAAGGCGGAACGUGAUCGCUAUGAACUGCAGAAGCGUUAUGAGCAUUUGCAGGAGGAGAUGCAUAUGGCUAGUGAUGCGUUGCGUCGUUCCGAGGAGACCAAGGAGCUGUACUUUGAGAAAAGUCGCGUGAAUGAGGAGCAAAUGCAAUUGACCGAAUGUAAAGCACAUCACUUCAAAACCGAAAUGGAUCGUUUGCGUGAGCGACAAAUGAAAAUUGAACACGAGAAGAUGGAUUUGGAGAAAAAGAUACGCGAUGCGGACUUUUAUGUACACCAGUUAACACUCGAAAAAGAUAAACGUGAGGCAGAGGCGGAAAAGCUGCGAAAAGAACUGCAAUGUGCACAAUUAGCGGAGCGUGAAGCCACCGCACGUCUGCUUAAUUUCAUCAAUCAUGGACGCAAAACAUCCACCGAUAGUUUAGUGGCCGUUUCAGGCAAUACCGUACUCGUCUCGGCUACAAAUACGGCUGUCAGCACACCGUCGUUGACCAACAGCAAUUCAACUGUGGACAUGGACACGGCAGGCGGCGUCGAAUUGACAACAUCCCAUAAUGAUCUUAGCGCCAACACAAUCGACGCGUGCGCCGAUUUUAUUGAUGAUUGCGAAACAAAGGAAUUCAUACUCACCGAUGCGGAAAUGGAGCAAAUCACAAAUAGUCGUUUAGAGUAUUUAAAGAAAUCCAAACAAAUGGAAAAUCAAUUGCAAACGUUGCGUUCACAAAUUGAAUUGUUGAAGAUCGAAGAAAAUCAAUGCAAUUUGGAUAUACUUAGUGAGGCGCUCAUCAAGGCAGGCGAAACGAAAUACUCAACGUUGAAAAAACUAAAAUCAGGUUCGACAAAAGCGCGUGUUGCUUUCUUCGAGGAACUAUAGUUGGAUUGGGGAAUUUAAUGUUUUAAUUUUGAAUUGAGUUUGUCAAUUAGAAUUUAGCAAUAAUUUUUAGUGCUAACAAAGUGACAAGUUGUAUACCUAUUAGUUUUAAAUAAAACAACUGCUGUAAUACAGUAAAA